CCUCUAACCUUUCCUCGACCUGGCGCCUAGCGGGUUUAGCGCUCAGUGACAGCGGCUACUACCGGUACAUUUUAUUUUGGGAUACGGACCCAGAAACUUGAGCCUUCCCGGCAUGCACUGGGCAAACAUGGCGACUUCCUGUGGCAAGAACAUGAGCAGGUUUGGGCGCUAAAGCGAGUGAAAAGUUCAAGACUGAAAGUGAGUUUGGCCCCCAUUCCCACGGAGUCUCCUAGAGCUGCUUUGAUGCAGGAAUCACGCGAGGAUGGGGAGGAGAAGGUGACUGCCGGCAUGGAGUCCUUGGCCGUAAAGGAAGGAGGGGAGGAAGUUGAAGAACAGCAGAAAGCAGAAGAGGGAGAAGCAGAAGAACAAGAGGAAGGAGAAGCAGAAGAACAAGAGGAAGGAGAAACAGAAGAACAAGAGGAAGGGGAAGCAGAAGAGGAGGAAGGGGAAGACUGGUGUAUAGGCUGCAGUGAUGAGGAGGUUGAGGAACCUGAUGGGUGGAUUCCACCUCUAGAAGACAUUAAAAGACUUUAUGAGUUGUUGGCCAAAGAGGGAACGCUGCCUUUGCAAGUGGACAUACUCCUCCACCGGCCUCCCACCCCUGAACCCGACUCUCUGGAUGAUGAAUCUGAUCAAGAGGCAGAGGAGGAGGAAGAAGAGCAAGACAUGCCACUUGUUCCCACUGAAUUUGAUUUCAACGAUGAACCCGUCACCCCCAAGAAUGCGCUCAUUGACCGCCGCAGAACGCCAGGGAGCACCGGCCGCAGCCACAAGAGAGAGGCCCAACUGGACAAGGUUCUGUCCGACAUGAAGCGCCACAAGAAGAUUGAGGAACAGAUCCUAAAAACUGGCCGCGACCUCUUUGACAUGGACCCUCACUCCGUUCCCACCCCAAAACGCUCUUCUGCCAUCUUCCCUCAUCAGCGGAAAUACUAAGCUAAAGUGGAAAAGAGGGGGUGUUUAAUGGAUGUUGCGCCCCCAUAUUCCCAGUCACGCCCGUAUGACACAAUAUGGACUGGUGGUGCCACGGUUUCCUGUGUGUUUAUUGGUUUCUCUUCCUGACGUAUAUUUUAUUAUAAAAGACUUCAAAAUA